GUGGCUCAGUUGUGUGCGAAAAGAAUCACAAAGCUCAUUACUGCAGAAGCCUUUUUGGGAAUUCACAUCAUCGCCACAAUAAAAUUUAUAUAAGGGAAAAUCAAGAACACUAACCACUCGACCACAGAGGACAUAGGCAAAUAAUUAAAAAAAGACUAAUAAAAACUAGUGUGUAAAUGAUCAAAAAAAUAGUUGAAAUUUUGAAAAAAAUUUUUUGAAGUGUCUAAAAGAUGUUUAAAAUUUUAGAAAAAUUUUCGAAAUUAUUUAUCAAAUUAAAUUUUAUGAGUAAUUAUUUAAAGGUCAGUUGGUCAACUCUAACUCUAAGCUCCGUUUUCUUUGCUGCCCAUUUUCUCGUUUGCUUCAACUCCGCUGCUAAUCCUGUUUUAUAUGCUUUAAUUAAUCGAGAAUUGAGACAACAACAUGCCCAAGCAUUUCAGAAAAGAAGGAGAUCAUUACACUUGAUAACAACAAAUAAUACAACAGCAAUGACUGACAAAGAUCUGAAUUCUCCAACUAUUGCCAAACUAAAAGAACAUCGGUUGGCAUCGCUAGGUUGCACAGAUGAUAGCCGACUUAUGCUUUUGGGUAAUGGAUUAAUUAAUGGGCAACACCUAGAAAAUGGACAACAGCUUGAAAAGAGGUUGAGAAAAUUUUUUUUAAUUUAUAAAAAUGUUUUCUUUCAAGAUCAAGCUCAUUUUCCCAUUCAACACCUCCAAUGUUUGCCGGAUUAA